GAGCUCCCCGUUGACGGGAGGCGGCCGAGCGCGGGGUGCUUCCAGCAGCGCGGAGCGGCCGCAGGAUGAAUAAGAGAUACUUACAGAAAGCAACAAAAGGGAAGCUGCUAAUAAUAAUAUUUGUUGUAACGCUGUGGGGGAAAUUAGCAUCUGGAGCAAAUCAUCAUAAAGCUCACCAUGUUAAAACUGGGACCUGUGAAGUGGUGGCACUCCACAGAUGUUGCAAUAAGAACAAGAUAGAAGAAAGAUCACAGACAGUGAAGUGCUCCUGCUUCCCUGGGCAGGUAGCAGGUACCACCCGGGCAGCUCCUUCUUGUGUUGAUGCUUCAAUAGUGGAGCAGAAAUGGUGGUGCCACAUGCAACCAUGUCUUGAAGGGGAGGAAUGUAAAGUUCUUCCAGAUCGUAAGGGAUGGAGCUGUUCCUCUGGGAAUAAAGUGAAAACAACUAGGGCAAACGUGUAAAACUCUUCAAGUCCGAAUGGAGAAGUAGAGAAAGGAGGUUUCUGCUGUGCCUGAUGACAAUUUAUGAUUUUUCCACACAUACUAAAUAAUCUGGCUCCACGUUGGAGCACUAGUUGUGAUGAAUCCUAGUCAUGGUCGGAUUCUAAGGAAGGGCCAGAACGUUCGUUGAGGAAUAAAGAGUCAAACCACUCCAGAAAAUGUGUUCCAGCCCUGGUUUAUUACUCACAGAGCAGCAGGUAACCCGAUAGCUAAAGACAAAUCAAGUCGGUCUCAAGGCUGAUAACGUUAAAUACAACACAUAGGAAUUUCAUUUCUCCAGGCAAUCCUUGAAGUGAAAUUUUGUACUGCUGGGGUGUAGCCUUCAGAAUCAAUUGUUUCAAUGAGAACCUGGUUUGUAAUCAACAACAGCCUUGAGAUCAAAACUACUGAAGAGUUAUUUUGAACUUCUGUGUCACAGAGAUUUCAACUGAGUGAACUGUGUACACUUGUAAAAUUGCACUUGCAGAGGAAUUUGCAGCUGUAAUCUCAAGAGAUGGUUUUUGAAAGGUGCAGAAAAUCAGCAAUCAUUCGGAUUCUUCUUUCCAGACUGGUGGCAUUUCAUCCUGAUGAAGUCACUCUCCAAAAUGUAUUGGUUCCUCCCCUCUAAAAUGAUCCCUGGUCCACAUUCCGAUUGCUGGUGGGACUGCACACUGCUUUAAUUAAAUUUCCAUUGCAGAAAUUGUCCUCUGGCAUGGCACAAUUUUAGACAUUUUUAUUUGUAAUCUAAUCUUGGAGCUCUAAAGGGUACAUAUUUCAACAUCUUGAAGUUGCUUUUGUUAUAGGAAUGGAAAUAUAUACCCAUUGUUAAUAAUUAUUGUUGACAAGUAAUAGUUAUCUGAAUACAUCAGUCAUAUUAGAAUGUAUAGUCGGGUUGACAUGUUUCCCUAAGGCUAACCAACUACUGCAGCUAUUUGGCAGUUAAAAAAAGUAGUGGUCAAAACUCAAUUACCACUUCCAUUAUAAAGCAUUUUAUACCUUUAAGAUAUAUAUUUCAAUUUACUUUGAAGGAGGCAAGUGUUCCUGCACUUUACUUUCCCAACCUUUAAAUCACUGAAAUUCAUGGUAAGCAGUCAAGGAAAGUGUUUCAUCCAUUUUUAUAAAUGUAGGCAGGGAUGUAAAUGAGUUUUUCAAUUAUGAAAUUGGGUGGUAAUCAUUCAGAAUUUUUUCUCUUUUCAGUGAAAAAUAAAAUCUCUUGCUUGAAACUAAGUACUGUUGGAUGCUUGUGUAGAUGUCUGCUCAGACUGAUUGCUAUAAAGGAAAAAUGUCCUAGUGCCCUCCUAGAUAUAGGGUUCAUGAGUAUUUUGCUUGCUUACUGUCCUCAAAUUCAAACCUAAUCUGUGCCAAAAUCACAUUUUCUUUUUUUAAUUUUCUAUUUCAGUAGCAAUUUUUUGAACCUUGUGAUGUGCUGUUACAUGAAAAAACCUCCAUAUUUAAAGGCCUUAAGCAUCUAUGAACUUUUUUCUAAGUUAUCACAGAAUGUAUAAUUUUAUACUUCAUUUAGUGUAUAUUGUGCCAUCUGUAAUAUUGAUACAACAAAAAUUUGGCAAUUCCUUUUAAUGACACUACAUAAGCAUGCUAACUGAGAGUGAGGGAGUUCUGACUGUAUGCUUUGGUGCAUUAAAUGAUAAGCACACACACUUAAUGGUAGGCAAAAAAUAUAUAGGAUGAAGCUUAUUUAGAAGUCCUGUGUGGUUACCAAGCUCUCUGAAAAAAGAUGGAAAUGAUUUUUUCAUUACAAGCUAUUGACAUAGCAAGGUAGUUAUAUAUAAAGUUCCAUGAUGGUUGCAUACCUUGGAGGGAUCUGCCUGUCACACUAUCCCCGGCUGCUCCAAAACCAUUUCAUUACCUCUGUUGUGUUACUGCACAGGAGAUCUUAAACUAAAUAAAUGAUUGUUGGGAAUAAAAUUGAGAAAUAUCUUCUAUCAUUCUGCUGAGAAAUAAUAAAAAAUGUUGGCAGGGAAAAAUAUUCUUUUCUGAUUGAAAUUUAAUUAGGAUAAACUGUUUGUAGCAGCAAUUAGGUAUCUCGGUAUUUUAGGAUGGAUUAGUAAUGAAUGGAUUUGUGCUAAUGGAUGAUGUGCUAAUGCAGGAUGGAAGGUAGCAUCUUAAAAAGACUGGGACAGUGCAAAGUAUUAAAUGUGGUGUUUUGUAAAAUCUGAACUGUCUUUGGUCGAAAGUCUGCAUCAUGCUUCUCAAUAUUGUUUUAUUUGUUCCUUUGUUCUUAAACCAACACUGAAAAUACUGUAUUAUAUACAAGUGUAACACAUGCAUAUCAAUAAGUGAAAAUAAAUGGAUUUUCAAAUAUACC